AUGGCGGCGGGAAAUACGAAGGCGUUUCGCGUCUGGCUGCGCUGAGGCGGCGGCUGGGGCGCCAUGGACGCCUUGGGCUGCAUGAAGUCCCUGCUCCUGGCAGCCACGCAGUACCGGGCCGCCAAGACAGCGCCCAACGCGGCGCUCCUGCAGCGCGGCCUGGAGGUUAUCUCUGGACUGAAACUUACUCGAUUAUUUGCUUCAAACCAGAUUCUACCAAGUGAAUGUCUCAGUUGCCUAGUAGAACUCCUUGAGGACACUAAUACAAACCCAUCCCUAACCUUGUCUGUGGUUACUUUGCUAUCACAGCUAGCUUUAGACAAGGAGACUAGAGAAGCUCUUCAGGAUACCUACAAUCUGACCAGUGUGCUGGCAGGAGUGGUUCAUCGAAGUUCUACUAAUCUUAGUGACCCAGUCUUAUUACAGAGUAUUCAGUUGCUGCAGAGGCUAACCUACAAUGUUCCAGUCUUUUGCGCUGGUGCCAACAUCAAUGAGUUAAUUUCAUUUCUAAUGCAUCAUGUUCAAUCCACUGAAGAUGAGUUAACGAUACCGUGUUUAGGACUCCUGGCAAAUCUCUGUCGUCACAACUUAUCUAUUCAAACUCAGAUAAAAUCUUUGAAUAACGUGAAGAGUUUCUAUCGCACCUUAAUAAGUUUCCUGGCCCAUAGUAGUUUGACUAUGGUUGUGUUUGCACUUUCAGUAUUAUCAAGCCUUACUUUAAAUGAAGAAGUAGGAGAAAAACUCUUUCAUGCUCCAAAUAUCCAUCAGACGUUUCAGUUGAUAUUCAAUAUUGUUGUAAAUGGAGAUGGUACUCUAACAAGAAAAUACUCUGUUGAUCUACUUAUGGAUCUUCUGAAGAACCCCAAAGUUGCAGUUUUUCUUACCAGAUAUGAGCACUUUCCCUCAUGUCUUGGUCAAGUAUUAGAUCUUCUUCAUGGAAAGGAUCCCAAUUCAUCAUCUAAGAUCUUAGAACUGCUGCUUGCCUUCUGUUCUGUGAUAGAACUGCGUCAUACCCUGCGGCAGGCAAUACUGGAACCAUCUGGAUUGCCAGUCUCUGGAAAUACCAGAUUUGUGAUUCGUUCAAAGACUUUUGAACCAUCUGUUGCAUUGGUGCACUUGUCAAACCAACCAUUGGAAGGCUCUGAAGACUGUUCAGUUCUAGCAUUGCAGCUAUUCAAAGAGAUUUUUGAGGAUGUUAUUAAUACUGGAAAUGGUGCCUCAGCUGAACACUUUGUGGAUCUUUUGCUGCCUGUUCUUCUUGAUCAUCUCCAAAUGCCAGAACAGAUUGUGGAUGAGCUGUUAGUGAAGAAGAAGUGUGAAAGAAUGGUCAAGGCUAUUAAUGUCCUGACAAUGCUCUGUAGAGAUGACACACUGAAAAUGCACGCCUCGAAGGUACUGACUGCCAGCCAGUGCAUGUGUCUAAUAGAACACCAGUUUACCUAUAGUGGGAUUGAUACUGGUUUGGGGACAAAACUAGUGGACUCUAAAAUGUGCAAACUUGCUGCUGAUAUUAUUUUGAAAACACUAGAUCUUAUGAGCAGACUGAAGCAGGAUGUACCAGGUAUGGAGGUCAGCUUCUACAAAAUUUUACAGGAUCAACGUUUAAUUAUGCCCUUGACACUUGCUUUAACAUCAGACCAUAGAGAGCAAGUUCAAGUUGGACUUGGAAUACUGUUUGAAGCUGCACCUUUGCCAGAUUUUCCUGCCAUACUGCUUGGUGAAAGCAUUGCAGCAAAUAAUGCUUACAGACAACAAGAAAUGGAGCACGCAGCAAAAAGAAUCCAAAUGCAGUCACCUGUGACAAGCAUUACUUCGGUGAGGUGUAUGCCAUCCUGUCCUUCAAAUGAUGGAUCCACAACUUCAAAUAUUCAGGAAUUAAUACAAAAACUUCAUUCUGGACUAGAGAUGAAGGAGCAGAUCACUGGUACCCGGAUAUCUGAGAUAAUGGAUGUCUAUGAGCAGAAGCUGUCAGCGUUAGCAUCUAAAGAAACUAGGCUGCAAGACUUUCUGGAAGCAAAGGCACUAGCUCUGGCUCAGGCUGAUCGGCUAAUGGCUCAGUACCGAUGUCAGAGAGCCCAGGCUGAGUCUGAGGCAAGAACUCUUGCUGCAAUGUUGAAGGAUGCAGAACGAAAAAAUGAAGAACUUAAUGAUUUGCUGAAAGCUCAGCAGGUAGAAUCUGAAAGAGCACAGACUGAUAUUGAACAGCUCUUUCAACACAACAGGAAAUUACAAACAGUUGCUGAAGAACAUGAAAUACUGAAAAAAUCCUCCACUGACCUUCUUCAGAGGUAUGAAACAACUGAAAGACAGUAUAAAGAUCUACAGAUUACAUGCAGUUCACUAAAUAAACAAAUAGAAGCAAUGAAGAAACUAAAUGAGUCACUCAAGCAGCAGAAUGACAGGACUGCUGCUCAGUUGACAGAAACUGAAGAUCAUAGAAAAGAAUUACAGCAACAGUUACAGGAUAGAGAUGGCAAAAUAGCGACCUCGCAACAGAAAAUAAAAGUUCUGGAAGAAAAGCUGAAAGCUCAGCAGAAAGAAAAAACUGAUAUGGAACAAACUAUAGGUAUCCUUAGAAAGGAAUUAAGUAAAACGGAGCAAGCAAGGAAGGAGCUGAGUAUCAAGGCAUCUUCUCUUGAAGUUCAAAAAUCCCAGUUGGAAGGACACUUGGAAGAAAAAGAAGCACUUAUAAAACUACAGAAGGAAGAACUGAACAAACAUUCCAAUAUGAUUGCAAUGAUUCACAGUCUAAGUGGAGGCAAGUUAAGUGCAGAAGCAGUGAACCUCAGUUUAUAGGGCCCUGUAAAGAUUUUAGUAUUUUAUACAUAUGUAUGAAUAUAUGUAAAGACUUUUAAACCUGAAGCUACCAUGGUAUCUGACUUGAAAAAAACCUAAAAUUAAAGUAGUCUGUCAAUUGAGAAGAAAAGGUAGUAAUUGUGGAAGCUUUGGUCUCAAAGAACUGAGCUACUGUAUAGCAAAUAGGUCUUCUGAUGGUCUUGGUAGAACUAUUAUCAUCUGUAUUGGGAGCUGAAUGCACCUUUGCUGGUGACUAACCUUCCUAAAUAUAUAUAGGGAAACUAAGCAAAAUAGGAGUCACUGUCAACUUUUUUUGUGUGUGUAUUCUUCUGUUGUCUGCCUGGCAAGCAGUGUGCUUCAUAGAUAAAGCACUUUGAUAAUUUAAUCUUGUUAAUUUUGACACUUCUGAGUACCAUUACUGUUUGUGCAGUGUUGCUUCCUGAUGUCUAAGGUAGAAACAUUAAAACAAAAUGGGUUAUCAAUCAGAACAUGUUACAUUAAAAGCUGUCUUUAUCAGCAUAUUGGUUCAAGUGCUUCAUGUAGUAAAUACACGGAGGUGUUUCUAGUGGGAAGGAGAUACGAGUUUGAGCAACUAGAACACCAUAUUGACUUUUCAGCAAGUAGCAUGCUUUCCCUAAUUGAAACUAAAAUGAAAUACAUGAAUGUACCAAUAUUUCUUAAAUACUAAAUAAUACUUUCCUAAUCCUAUAAUACUUCCUUUCAUUCUUUAAGAAGGUGUGCACUUUUUUUACAAUCCUAUCUGGUGCCUGCUAGCUAUUGUCAGCAUUGUUUUUUUCUGCUGUACACCAGCAUGAUUUCAUAUAUUGUUCAUAGUAUAACUGUUUAGGUAAUUUUGUUUUUUAAAAGAAACAUACUUUCAUAUGAAAGACUAGUACUAGAAUUUGAUGCACAUGUUUGAGUGGCAGAAAAUUUUCCUGGCUUAAAUUUACAUGAAGAACUUAUCUUUUAGCAGUUGGCAGAACUGUUUCAUUAAUAUUUAUAUUUUGUUAGAACUACCGGAGUUCUGGAUGAUCUAAUACAUAUUUUUUUUCUGUAGCAUUACUGCCUUUAUUUGUAUCUAAAUUGUAAUAGCUAGAUUUUAAAAUAUCUGAGACUCUUUUUCAGCUGUAUAAUAGAUAUGUCUUACUGAAUCUGUUAACUUCAUGUCUAAGUACAACCUUGUACAUUAUGUUGCAAAUAUACAACAUCAGAUGAAUUGUAUCUAUUUUAAUCACUUACAGUUUUUAUAGCUUAACCACAGGUAGGAUUUAUAGACAUUGCUCUGGUUUUUGUGAAGACCAGGGGAAUAAAAAAGAAAUUAAAACUCCUCUAUUUUCUGUAGUUUCUGUUUUCUGUUAAGUGAUGUAAAUUACAGGGAUGACUGCCAACUUUGUGCACAAUGCCUUUGCAUACAAUGCAGUUAUUGCUUAGGAAGGUAAAAAAAAGUAUGUUUUAAGAAUUGCUCAAGUGAGAGGUCUUGUUAGAGUUUUGCAAGCUCAAUUGGGAAAUAAAACCUGAUUAACCAUA